AUGUCUUUGAAAUAUGAUACUAAUUCAGUUUAAUAUCUAAGUGAUUCCGCUAUUUUAAAAGAUAUUGAAAUAUUUGAUUCUGUGGACACCACAUUUUCAUUUACAACUAACAGCUUUGAAGUUUCUAAAAUAAAUAUUGAUCUUCUCUAAGUUUCAUAAACUAUCUUCACUAUUCAAGCUAAUUAAAUUAAUAUUACUAAUUUAAAUAUUACAAAUACAAAAUAUUUGCUUUCAUAGUUAGAUGCUAAUUUAAUAAAUAUAAUAAGUUUUAUUAACUCAUAAAUAGAAAAUAUCAAUUCAAAUAACAAUUAAAUUUAGUUCCUUUCUAUGAAUCAAUAAACAAGUGAAGGAAUUGCUUUUGUUUCUAAUGCAAAAUUUAUGAAUUCUUCUAUUCUUAGCAAUAAUCCCUUAAUCUUUUUAAAUUAAUUGUCUAAUGUUGAGUUAAAUAAUGUACUAAUAAAAGAUGUAAUAAGUAUAAAUAGCUAAUAUACUUCUAUAUUUACAAUAUAAGAUUGCUAUUUAGUUACUAUUUCCUAUAGUCAUUUUACAAAUAACACAAAUAGUAAUGGUCCAGGAGGUGUUAUUUACGCAUUUGAGAGCAUAUAAAUUAUAAUAUAAAAUUCCAUUUUUUGGCUUAAUACUUGUAAUUUAUAAAAUGGUGGAGCUAUUUAUAUGAUUAAUACUGUUAGAAGAGGAAUUUUAUUAAUAAACUAAACUUAGCUAAUAGAAAAUAAAUCAAGUUAUUCUUUAGGUGGCUCUAUUUAUCUCUAAAAUAAUAACUUGAUCAUGCAGAAUUCAGUUAUAGCUUCAAAUUAAGCAUAAAUUGGUGGAGGAAUAUACUAUGUUCAGGUUAUGCCAGAUUUUUUAAUUGAUCUGUAAUAUGGCAAUAAAAAUAAUAAUACUUUUAAAGACAAUCUAGCUUAUAUUUAUGGACAAAAUUUUGGCUCUACUUUAAGGAAAGUAUUUAUUGAUUUAGAAAAUAUAAAAAUUCCUAAAAAUAGUUUAAAGUUAUAUGAAGAUAAGGCUAUAUUUAUAAAAUAACUUAAAAGUGGAGAUUAAAUAAACUUUGAACAAAUAUAACUGCUUGAUGAAGAAAAUAAUCCAAUUAGAUUUAUAGAUGUCAAUUCUACCGAUUUUUAAUUAUUAAGUAACGAUGCUUAAUCUUUAGUGCAAUAAAUAAGUGUUUCUGUAUAAUGGAAUGAAGAAAAUAAAGAAAUAUAAUGCAUUGGAUAACUUUAAACAAAAUAAUUUAGAAAUGGGGGCUUUAACUUAGAUGCUUAAAUUUUUUACAAACCUAAUUCUGAGUUGGUACUAAAAAUAGUGAGCAAUUCCUUUCCUUCACUAACAGAUUCAAAUGGAAAUAUUGUGGUAAAUUAAGGCUAAAUAGAAUUAAUAUUUAAUAUAGAAUUAGAGUAGUGUUCAAUAGGAUAAAUAUUUAAAUAGUAUGGUAACUCAAUAGCAUGUGAAUCUUGCCCUGAUGGUAAAUAUUCUUUAAGUUUAAUUGAUCAAGAAUGUAAACAAUGCCCUGACUCAGCUGUCUAAUGCAUAGGUUCUAAUAUCUAAUUAAAAGAUGGAUAUUGGAGAGAAAACGAAAAUACUGACAAUAUUAUCUACUGCAGCUUUAAUCCUCAAUCAUGCUAACCUUAACUUUCUUCUUCUAAAUUUUAUUGUACUGAAGGACAUAUAGGACCUCUAUGCUAUUAGUGUGAUACAUAUGGUGAUAUUUGGGGAAGUAGAUAUUCUGAAAUUUAUAAUCAUGGAGAUUGCUAUAAAUGCGAAGAAAAUAUUCAUAAAAUUAUACUUUAUAAUUUACUAGUUUACUUAUUGAUUUCUCUUUACAUAUUUUUAAUUCUAAAGAGAAUCAUAUUGCAGCUAGAAGUUAAAGUUAAGGGAUAUUAUUUAAAUAAAUUAGAAAUUAUUUAUUUAGGAUCAACACUAAAUUAAUCUGAUAGAUCAUAAAUUAUUUCGAAAAUUCUCACUGAUCAUUUUUAAAUACUUUCAUUAGUAUGCUCAUUUACUACAAAAAUGCCUGAAUUUUUUACUAUUCCUAUUUAACUAUCAGGAAAUUCAGUUAGCAUGGUUAGUAAAUCUAUUGAAUGCGCUUUUUCUAAACAUCCAAAUUUAAAACCUUUGUGGUUAUUCGAAUUUCUUUGGUCUUUUUCUUUAUCAGCAGGAAUAUUUAUUUUUUACUUUCUAAAAGGAAUUGCUUUCAAGCGAUUAAAAAUAGAUUUAUACAUAAGGUAUCUAUUAACUGCAGCUAUUUUUAUAUAUUUUUACUUUUACCCUAUGAUAAUUACUCAAGCUAUUAGAUCUAUAAAUUGUAUAAUGAUAGGAGAUAAAAAAUAUUUAGAUCUAGAUUUUGGAAUUUAAUGCUAUGAUAAAAAUUAGCAUUAGCCGUACUUAUUUUUAUUUACUCUUCCCGUUAUUUUUAUAUGGGGAUUUUUAAUACCUUUAUUUUUAUUCUAUAAAAUUUAUGCUGCUAAUUUAAAAAAAAAAUCGAUUAUUAAAUAAAUAAAAUAUUCUUUCUUAUUUGCUGGUUAUAAAAAACAAUACUAUUACUGGGAGUUUUGGAAAUUGUUUUAUAAAACAAUUUUGAUUUUAAUAUCUGUUUUACUCAAGCAAAACAUCUAAUUAAAGGUAUUCUUAAUUUAGUUUUAAAAUAAUAUAUUUAAUGAAAUAUUCAAAUUUUUAUCAACUAAUCAAAGAAUAUUUUAUUUUUUGAUUAGUUAUUGA